AUGGAAACAGCAAGAAUCAGGCUAGAUGAGACCACCUACUACUCACUGCUAGGUCUGCCCUUUGGGGCCUCGGAACUGCACAUCCGGAAAGCAUACAUGCGGCUGGCUCGAGAGCUACAUCCUGACAAGUCAAAGUCGAAGGAAGCGGCUGAAUUAUUCAAGGUGGUCGCGCAUGCGCAUUCUGUGCUCACCGACAAAGAAAAGCGAUUGAAGUACGACCGGCAGCUUAUAGCCAAGGGGCUUCACACCUACGUCUCAAACUCGAGCUCAUCGCUAAACUACAAACCGCCGGGCAGCAGGCCCGUGACGCGGGCUCAACAGGCAGCAGUGGCCGCAGACAAGGAACGAGCAGCAAAGAAGGCCAAACCCUACGAGGAGCAGCCCUACGGAUUCGGGACGGAGGCCGAGAGUAGUCCCCAGGCGGGCGAUGGCACGCCGCAACGCAGUACAACCGCUACCAAGCCAUUCAAGGCAAAGAGCUAUCAGCACCAGAGAAACCCGGGCACACCUCCCGAGACAGGUAACAAGAAAUCGUCUACUUUCAGUGCCCGCUUCAUCUCGAAUAGCGUGCCUGCUGCCCCAGAAAGCAAACCAUCGGAUGAAUAUCCGGCCAAAAAGAUGCCCAGAAAACAGGCGACCCCAGAGCCGUCCAGCUCCCCGUUUCUCAGUCCCGACCAUCGCCACUAUGCGAGAACUAAAUUUGAGUCCCGACGGCGCGGUACCAGGUCGGCCUCGCCUCUUAAAACGAUGCCCACGUCCCAGACAGAUACACUAGACGGUUUAAAGAGCAUCAUCAACAAAUUUAGCGAUAGGGUGAAGGUCAAUAUAUUUGGCUCGCCCUCAACUGUGGAGACGGAACAUGUCACAGAUCUCUCGGAGGACCAGAGUAGUGUUGAGCAAGACGGCGGGGACGAAGCCAGACUCCGCGCCGACAUGCUUGCAGGCGAUAAAGCGACGGCGCGCUGCGCACCCAUACCACAGGAUGGCACAAAGGAAAUCAAUCUCGAAGAACUCAAUACAUCGUUGCCUCCGCAGCGCGAGACGUUCAACAUGCGUAACGUCUCUGAUACCUUGGACCGGAUGAACGUAAAAAGACAGAAGCUCAACACAGAGGCCACCCACGUUCCAGGCAAUAUCCCCCUGCCCGCGCAGCGACAUCUCUCUCCCGCCCUAGACGAGUCAGGCAGCCUUGCGGAACCAGUUAACAAGUCUAUCCCCCGCGUCUACAAAAUAGACAGGAUACCACCAACAGAGUUUGCAAUGGACCUCUCGGUCUCCGAUAUAGAACUCCCUACAAUGCCGUCCUUCCACUGCAACAUCCUAGACAAGUCCGACAUUAAGCUGUGCCGAGAGAAGAUCCUUGAGUUCAACACAAAAGCGAAUCGGUUAAAGAAACAAUUGAUCCAGGCGCUUUCUCUCCGAUCAUCCGCCGAUGAGGCGCUCGAGAACAGGGUCGUGAGAGUCGAAAACAUGGCUGCGUAUGUCGAAGCAAAAAACUAUGAUCUUGAUGUGGUAAUGAAGUUACAUGAGAUUCAGAAUCGACAACGCAUUGUUGCUGAAUCCUUUACAAAUUUAAUGAGAAGCGCAUAUGCUUCUGGGACCUUUUAA